AGUGUUCGCACAAGGUGCUUAAUGAAUUUGGCAUCCCGAAAUUCAAGUACUGGAAUACCUUGAAAAUCUGACAUUGUCUCAAAUUUGUACUUGAAAAUUACCUGCAUUAAAAUGAGAGGAGAACAGAAAACAAUCAAAUAUGUUGAUAUGAAAAAUAUACGAAAAAUAUUUUCGUCUUGCAAGCUUGCUCAUUCCACUCACACUGGUACAGAACUGACUGAAGUGCAGCCAAAUGUAACAUCGAUAGCUAAAAUUCCGAGCAAAUUUAAAUGUAAUCCUGCCUGGCAGGAUAUUGAUGUUUAUGAAUGGGUUUUACCAGACCCAACCAGGGAUGUAGUGAAGGGUAAAUGCUGUUUACGCAUAUUUUUAUUUUUGAAAUAGGGUUUACUCACCUUUUUUAUUUGGUUAAUUACCGUUUACCCACUUAUUAUUGCAUUGAUCAAUGCUCAGAAGGCUUUUUGAUCUGAGUUCUAAUCACGCCUACCUUUGCGAAUUAGUGGAAUCAUGAAUGAUUCAUGUCUACUCGUUAUGGUCGCCUGCUACCCCCGGAUUUGCCUUGUUUAGCAGUGCAUUCAUUCACCAUUCUGUCCAACGGGAAACUCCGCCCACGACAUAGGCCGAGAUGUAAAACGAACUACCUCAGCCCAGUCCUACAGUGGCAAGUGGCAGAGAGACGCCGCUGACAGUGGGAUUUCUUUAACAUCCCUCGACUCAUGCCGUGUCAACAGACAUCCCCCAAACAAAAAAAACCUUACUCUUGGAGAAUGAGUGUACAACUGGUAAAUAGUCACUGAUAUUACAGUCAGAUGUUAAAUAAAGGUUCAUUUGAAAAAAUUGAAAUGAUUUUUCUAGGUAGCUCAAGGUCUGUUUCUCUUCAAAUAGGUAUAGAAUAUAACAUUUUAGAGUCAACUAAGGGCCUUUUACACUGUCAGAUUUCACUUUAAUGUCAUUGUGUUGGGACAACCUGUGGGACAUAACAUUUUGUCAAAUAUUAAGGCAUUUUAAAUAUAAAAACAAAUUAAUAUUAUGUACACUGAACAUAAAUGCGUGAUGAAUACAUAUUAAUUAGUUUUUUUCAUGAGGUUGUGACGAUAUACUGCGAUCUUGUGGCGACGAGAAACAAUUACGUAAUAGGAACUAUUACAAAUUGAUGGUCCUUGAUCCAUGGUCCUUGCUUGAAAAAAGUACUCAAGUCCUUGAAUUUGACUUGCCACUGUCUGUACGAACCCUGAAAUUAAAUUAAACAAUAUACCACAUUACUUCUUACUAGUUAUACAUUUGUUUUAGAAACAUUACAAAGCAUUCUCAUUUUUUGUGUGUUUUGUUGAUGUAAUUUUAGUGCAAUUUGUUUUUAGGGGGGCUUGUGAAAAAUCUGAGUGGCCGGUAGAUUUUUUUUAAUCUACCUGCCACAGUGGCUGGUGGACCAAAAAUAUUUUAUGCCCUGACCUCCACCCACCUGCCCUUCAUCUACACAACAUUUCAUGACCCUAAACCUGCCUGCCCCGUGUAUAUAACCGUGGGGACUGCGGGUUGGGAGUCAACCCGUGCAUCACUAGUUUGUGUGGCGUAUUUGUCGGACAAUGUCAACAUAUCCCAGGCUUCUGUCAGGGUGCGAGCACCAUACCAGGCAUGGAGAACCAGUUUAACUGUGAUGUCAUUGUGGGCUACAAGUCGGUGUACCGCAUGUGCUUCGCCAUGACCUGCUUCUUCUUCCUCUUCUCAGCCAUCAUGGUCCGUGUCCAGAGCAGCAAAGACCCGCGUGCAGCCAUUCAGAAUGGUUUCUGGUUCUUUAAGUUUCUGAUCCUGGUUGGCAUCACUGUGGGAGCCUUCUUCAUCCCGGAUGGAACCUUCCAUACUGUAUGGUUUUACUUUGGCGUGGUUGGCUCCUUCAUCUUCAUCGUCAUCCAGCUUAUCCUUCUCAUCGACUUUGCCCACUCUUGGAACAAGAUAUGGGUGGGAAACGCCGAAGAGGGCAACUCAAAGUGCUGGUUUGCAGGCUUAUUGUCGUUCACCUUCCUCCAUUACGCACUGGCCUUCACCUCAGUGGUGCUGUUCUACAUAUACUACACCCAGCCUAACGACUGCACCGAGCACAAGGUCUUCAUCAGCCUCAACCUCAUCUUCAGCGUCAUCAUCUCCAUUGUCUCCAUCCUGCCCAAAGUACAGGAAGCCCAGCCCCAGUCUGGUUUGCUCCAGGCCUCUCUCAUCUCCCUCUACACCAUGUAUGUCACCUGGUCCGCCAUGACCAACAACCCAAACCGUAAGUGUAACCCCAGCCUGCUGAGUCUGGUGUCAAAUGUCAGCUCCAGUGAGCCCACACCCACCAGUGCCCCAGGACAGGUGCAGUGGUGGGACGCCCAGAGCAUUGUGGGUUUGGUCAUCUUCCUCUUCUGCACUCUCUAUGCCAGUAUCCGUUCGUCCAGCAACACCCAGGUGAACAAGCUGAUGCAGACCGAGGAGGUUGGGAGUUAUGGAGGAGGAGAGGGUGAGAUAGGGGAGGACGGUGUGCGAAGGGCCGUGGAUAAUGAGGAGGAGGGGGUCACCUACAGCUACUCCUUCUUCCACUUCCACCUCUGCCUGGCCUCCCUCUACAUCAUGAUGACACUCACCAACUGGUACCAGCCUGACACCACCACCCAGGCCAUGCAGAGCAGUAUGCCAGCUGUGUGGGUGAAGAUCAGCUCCAGUUGGCUGGGCCUGGGCCUCUACCUCUGGACCCUGCUCGCCCCUCUCAUGUUUCCCGACCGAGACUUCAGCUGAACAGCCCCACAUGGUGUCACCAUGGGCUUGUGAGAUGUUGUGUGGAAGUUUAUUAUAUAUAUUUUUUAAAUACGAGUCAGCAGUUUUGCAUUGGUCUCUGUUGGUGUGUUUAAUCUUGUUUUGUUUUGAUUUAUUUUAUUUGACAUGUUAGGUCUUUUAUCUACCAUGGCUGCGUGGGGUAUGGUUAUCACUACAUUGUUAGGUAUUAUUGGACGCAUUUAAUAUCCAUACUGAGAAUGUUUUAUUGAUUUAGCCAUUCAAUUAAUUUAUUUGCCUAUAUGCAAAACUGCACUUAACUCUUAACACAAUCUUCUGAGAUGAGCAUCGGUUUGUCCCAGAAUGCACAUUAGUGAACUAUAGCAAAGACUUGAUAACAGGCGCUUAUUACCUUACUUUUACAAUAAUAUAUUAGUUGGGAUUCCCAUGUUGUUAAAGUAGUCCUGGUUCCAGUUGAUUGUAUUUGUUUUUAUUAUGGAUCCCCAUUAGCUGCUGCCAAAGCAGCAGCUACUCUUCCUGGGGUCCAGUGAAAUUAAGGCAGUUAUACAUUAUUAUUUUUUUAACAUUACACUACAUUCACAACAUAAGUGUGUGCCCGAGGUUGGGGAUUCCCCUCAUUGGCUGAGCUCCCGCAGUUCUGGAGCUUUAAGAGAGACGAGGGAGAUAAACCAGGUGGGGUUCUCUGAUUCUGAGCCCUCUUACUGAAGUAAUAUACAUGUGUAAUAUGUACACAUCCUGAUUUAAUGUUCACUGGACUGUGAAGUAUCAACCUACCCCCUGCUCUUAACUACAUAUUUCUGAACCCUGGAGGUCAAUUGUAAUACCUCCUACCUACCCCACCCUAAGGCUUAGCUGUCUACCCCAACUAUGCCUGAUUCACGUAGGGCCGACCUGAAAAGUACUGUGCUGGUUCAGAUAUUUUAUUUUCACAUGAUCCUUUCCAGCACGGUUCCAGAAACUAUGGUGGAUGCAUAUUCAGGGCAGUACAGCUCAGACUUGGUUUGGCUCAGGAGUGUGAUAAAGGUACUACAUGUUAACUCGAAAUGACACAACGAAAAGGUUGCAUUUUAACAAAGUUUACUAUACCGUAUGAACACACUACAAGGUACCCAUUACACUCAAGGCUAGGUCCAUCAAACACCAGACUUCCUGCGCAUGCGCACUAUUGACUGAGUGAUAGCCCCGUAAUAACAGAAAAAUAGGGAUACUUAAAACAUGAAUUUAACACUACAGUGCUCUCAACCCCAACCGUAGCCCAUUUAACUCUGGUGCUACACCAUGCCCUGUCCCUAAAGACAUCUGUGUUUCUGCUCUAUCUCUAGCCCUGUUUCUGGGUGUUCUAUAGUCAUGGGUCAGUGUUAGUACAUGCUUGUAUCUGCAGUGAGGUGACGUAUUCUGAGCCGAUAGUGUCAAGCUCUUGGGAGCAGUUUCUCGGACACAGAUUAUUUUAUUUCACCUUUAUUUAACCAGGCAGGCUAGUUGAGAACAAGUUCUCAUUUGCAUCUGCGACCUGGCCAAGAUAAAGUAUAGCAAUUCGACACAUACAACAACAGAGUUACACAUGGAAUAAACAAAACAUACAGUCAAUGCAGUAGAAAACAAAGUCUAUAUACAGUGAGUGCAAAUGAGGUAAGAUAAGGGAGUUAAGGCAAUAAAUAGGCCAUGGUGGUGAAGUAAUUACAAUAUAGCAAUUAAACACUGGAAUGGUAGAUGUGCAGAAGAUGAAUGUGUAAGUAGAGAUACUGGGGUGCAAAGUAGCAAGAUAAAUGAAUAAAUACAGUAUGGGGAUGAGGUAGAUGGAUGGGCAGUUUACAGAUGGGCUAUGUAGAGGUGCAGUGAUCUGUGAGCUCCUCAGACAGCUGGUGUUUAAAGCGUAGUCCUGGACUAAGAAGAUAUUUCAAUUGAGAUUUUCCAUUGACCAUGGUUUUUUGCAUCCCGGGCUAGGCUUAAUCUGUGGCUGGAUAACUUCCUUGAAGUCUACAGGGUUUUAGGUGAAGAAGUGGGAUUCUGAACCUCACUUCUGCUCUGAGAAAUGCCAUAUGUUGCCAUGAUGUUACUGAGUCAGUUAAUUAAUCAGUCAUUAGUGUACAGCGCUAUAACAAUACAUUUCAAGAACGAUAUGUUGGUGUUCGAUGGUUUAAAUUGUUAUAAUUCAAUGGAUAUUGCUUUCAAAUUUGAUAAUUAUGAGUUGUUGCACAUUUCAUGUCAGUUUAUUUACCUCUUAAUGGAUAUAAAGUUUCCCAAUGUGACUGAAAUAAGAUCAAUAUGUUUCACUCAUGGUGAAAAGAUUGGUGUACUUAAGAGAUGUGAAAUGUUUAAAUUGGUGGUCUAUUGAAGAAUCUUGACUGAACUAUACUAAUUAUAAAAAUACAAUAUUUAACCUUUAUUUAAUUAGGCAAGUCAGUUAAGAACACAUUCUUAUUUUCAAUGACUGCCUAGGAACAGUGGGUUAACUGCCUUGUUCAGGGGCAGAAUGACAGAUUUUUACCUUGUCAGCUCGGGGAUUCGAUCUAGCAAUCUUUGUUACUGGCCCAACACUCUAACCACUAGGUUACCUGCCGACCCAGUACAAACAUUUGAGUAUUUUGAAUUUGAUUGUUUAAAAGUGAAAUUGAAGACCAUAAUUAAAUUCUGAUAAACAUUAAAGUGUACAGAACACGUUCCCACAGUUGCCCACCUUUUUGCCCUCAGAAUAGCCUCAAUUCGUCAGGGCACGGAAUCUACAAGGUGUUGAAAGGUUUCCACAGGGAUACUGACCCAUGUUGACUCCAAUGCUUACAACAUUCCAGUUGGCUGGAUGUCCUUUGGGUGGUGGACCAUUAUUGAUACACACGGUGAAACUGUUGAGCGUGAAAAACCCAGCAGUGUUGCAGUUCUUGACACCGGUGCGCCUGGCACCUAUUACCAUACCCCAUUCAAAGGCACUUCAAUCUUUUGUCUUGCCCAUUCACCCUCUGAAUGGCACACACACAAUCCAUGACUUAAUUGUCUCAAGGCCUAAAAAUCAUUAUUUAACCUGUCUCCUCCCCUUUAUCUACAUGGAUCCAAGUGGAUUUAACAGGUGACAUUAAUACGGGAUCAUAGCUUUCAGUUAGAUUCACCUGGUCAGUCUGUCAUGGAAACUCGGUGUAUUGUACAGUAUAUGUUGCAUGUGAGCAUAAUGUAUUAUGGUUCAUUGCCCACACAGAUGAAUUAACCCAAGCAUGAUUUCAAGUGAUGAUCCUUCGGUAUUGAAUGAAGAAUUAUCAAGGGUUUUUUUGAGAACAACAUUGAGUGCCUUUUUAUAUUAAUGCAUUUCAAAAAGAGCUACUGGUAGAUACAAAUUCAAACCUGCACUAACGUGGCUUCCACAUUUUGUGUUAAAUAAGUGUCUCAGCUAAUUUCAUAGUUUGGUUAUAUAGGUAGAGUAUCUGCAAAUUCUCUUUUUCAAUAAAAUCAUCAUAAUCCCAUGAAGGUAUUAAAAAAUAUCUUUAUAGUAUACUAUCUAUAAGUUCUUCAUAAUUGCAGUAAGAUUAGUGCUCAUGUUGCCCACUAGGUGGAACUGAAGUUCCUUAAAUAUUGUUUUCCAUACUGUUAUCAGAACCCUUACUACACAGGAGACUGCAUGCAGUACACUACAGAAAUGUUAUAAGGAUAUUUUCUAAUCAACAGACAGGUUGCUCAGAGCUUUACCCUGUGCUCUGAGAAACUUGAACAGUGAACGUGAUGUGACCAAUAAACCCUGUCCUCUGGAUGUUGUUGAUUGUA